UUAGUAAACUGAAGUAUCUUUAUGUUGCCUGAUAAAGCUAAACCAGAGUGGUCGCGUUUAAAAUUCAACACUACGGAAUUUACCAAAGAAAACAUAAACAAGAAAAAAAGUAAAAUGGCACUGUGCUGUGUGUGUAUGUUGUUAUUUACGUGUUACUAUUUUUUUAUUUAAUUAUUAGUCAAAAAUGUACUUCCCGAUUGGUUGGCCCAAAGUUCUUAGUAUUCCACAGUCUCACAAAUGCUCCUUCCGUCAAGUCAUUUGCAAUAGAGAUAAAAUACUCUUCGCCAUUCUGACAGAUAAUUGCUUGUCAGUUUGGUUUUGCAAGCCAUGUGUUCAAAUCAUUCUCCACUGCCGGUCAGAUAAAUCCAUCGAAGAGUGUGGUGUCAGCGAACUGGUGGAAUGGCGCCCAGAUUCCAGCAUGCUUGUUGUCACGACGGCCGGCGGCUACCUGCUGCUCUACAAGCUGGGCGUCGUGGCAGAGCAGAGGGGCCUCUACGAGCAGCUAGACUCCCCCCACGCCAACCUGCGGCGCGACAGUGACGAGCUCUUCAUCAAGGAGGUCAUCCCGCCCCUCUCCCUCACCCUGGAGAAGACCGUGGGUGUGGAGGGCUGCAUCACGAGCCUGGUGUGCAUCAGGGACGAGCUGAUGCUAGCCACUACUCGCGGCCACGUGUUGCGCUACCGCUGGGACGGCUCCCUCAACCGCGACUACUGUCUGGACCUGCGGCGCGUGCCCUUCUGCACCGACCAGCAGGUGGCCAAGGCCAUCCCGAUCGUGGAAGCCAACACGUUCGUUACGGACAUAGAGUAUUCUCCCCUGGUGGGGGGAUUUGCCAUCGUCCUCAACGACGGACGAGCUGCCUUCCUCACGGCCACCUCGCUGAGGUUCGACCCCAACCAAGUGCAGGGCAUCUGGGCUCAGAACAUCGACGAUGCAUCGUGUGCUUCCGUGAAUCACAAGUACCGACUCAUAGUGUUCGGGAGGAAGAACUCGCAGGCGAUCGCGUACUGCAUCGACGAGAGCACGGGCGGGCUGGAGGUGUCGCACCACAUGGUGCUGUCGUCCCGGGACUACCCGGGGGCGCCGGGCGCGGUGACGUGCGUGCGCUGGACGCCCGACGGCUGUGCCGUGGCCGUGGCGUGGCGACACGGGGGCCUGUCCCUGUGGAGCACCUUCGGGGCGCUGCUGCUGUGCUCGCUGGGCUGGGACUACGGCCUGCACGCGGACCUGUCCCGGGAGAACCCCCUGCUCGUCACCAGCAUGGAAUGGUCGGCGGAGGGCUACCAGCUGUGGAUGGUGCGCAGGCAGUCCAUGGGCGGCGAGGUCACCGACUCUGUGGCUCAGCUGGACUUCGUGAAGAGUGCGCUCACCGUGAACCCCUGCAUGAGCCAGCAGGGGCACCUGUGCCUGCAGGGAGAGAGCUGCCUGUAUGUGAACCUGGGAGACAACCUGGUGCGCGUGUACCACGAGCGCUCGUGCGCGCACGGCUCCGACGAUGCCUUCCUGGACGUGUCCAGCCUCACGGUGUCCAACUGCCUGGUCGGCAGCAAGCAGUGGAUCGUGGUGCCCAUCCCCUCGGCCUACGCCGCCUCCAACUGGCCCAUCAGGUACACGGCCAUCGACUGCGACGGGCAGAACAUAGCCGUGGCGGGCCGCACGGGGCUGGCACACUACUCCCUGGGCACGCGCAAGUGGACGCUGUUCGGCAACGAGACGCAGGAGAAGGACUUCGUGGUGACGGGCGGGCUGCUGUGGUGGCGCGACCACGUGAUGCUGGGCUGCUACAGCAUCGCGGGCGACCGAGACGAGCUGCGCCUGUACCCGCGCGACUCCCGCCUGGACGACGCCUCCAUGAGCGCGGUGUGCGUGCCGGCCCAGGUGCUGCUGCUGAGCGCGCUGCGCGACCGGCUCAUCACGUUCUGCGCCAGCGGCCAGGUGUCCGUGCACGCCCUGGUGCCUCGGGACGGCCGGCCGCCGGAGGUGAGCCGCCUGCAGAGCGUGGACAUCAGCGCGCUGUGCGUGCACCCUGCGUGCGUGGUGUCCGUCACGCUCACGGCUCUGCGCACCGAGUCCAGCCGCCACUCGGCGCGCGAGGCGGAGAGCAUCAUGCUGAACAUCAGCGGCCGGUUGCUGGUGGUUCCCCGGGAGCAGGCCCCUCGCCAGGGCGACGGUGACGACUUCCAGUCGUACACGUGCGCACCGCCCACGGUGCUGGCCUCGUGCGUGGAGAACGUGUGGCUGCCGCGCCGGUCGCGCAGGGACAAGCCCCACCUCACGGAGGCCCUGUGGCUGUUCUGUGGCGCGCACGGCAUGCGUGUGUGGCUGCCCCUGUUCCCCCGCGAUGCAGACAAGCCCCUGUCCUUCAUGAGCAAGCGCAUCAUGCUGCCCUUCCAGCUCAGCAUAUACCCCCUCGCUAUUCUGUUUGAGGAUGCAAUCCUGCUGGGCGCGGAGAACGACACGAUGCUCUACUCUUCAGACUCCAGCUCUCCGUUCUCACUGCCGUUCUGCGUGCUGGAGAGGACGAGCCAGGUGUACCUGCACCAGGUACUACGCCAGCUGAUCCGACGUAACCUGGGGUACCACGCCUGGGAGAUAGCCCGCAGCUGUGCCGCUCUGCCCUACUUCCCCCACUCCCUGGAGCUGCUGCUGCACGAGGUUCUCGAGGAGGAGGCAACCAGCAAGGAGCCCAUCCCGGAUGCCCUGCUCCCGAGCGUGGUGGAGUUCAUCCAGGAGUUCCCAGUGUACCUGCAGACAGUGGUGCAGUGUGCCCGCAAGACAGAGAUAGCCCUGUGGCCCUACCUGUUCUCGGCGGCUGGCAAGCCCAAGGACCUGUUCCAGCAGUGCCUGUCCACCAAGCUCCUGGACACUGCCGCCUCCUACCUCAUCAUCCUGCAGAAUCUGGAGCCGUCCACGGUGAGCAGGCAGUAUGCCACCUUGCUGCUGGAUGCUGCGCUGGACCAGUCCAAGUGGGAGUUGUCUAAGGAGCUUGUGCGCUUUCUCAGGGCCAUAGAUCCCAACGACGUGGAGUCCCCUCGUGCCUCGUUCAUUUUGCCGUCCAAGUACGGCGUGAACCCCCAGACGCCGCCGGUCAGCCCCAACGAGGAGGACCUGUCCCUGGUGCUGGGCACGAUGCAGCUGGCACGGGGCCGCAGCUUCAGCACCACCACCACGCCCAAGAUGGAGGUGGCAGGCCCCACGCAUCACCGCGAGGUGCUGCGCUCCAGCAGCGGCGCCGGCGACAGCAGCAAGUCCGUGCCGCUGCGCCGCAAGAAGUCCGUGCCCACCGGCCGCGCCGACGCCCGGGAGGCGUCGGGCUCCGCGGAGGAGUUCUUCAUCGACGUGAUCCUGCAGCGACACGCACGGCGCCUGCUCACGGCACACCGCCUCACCGACCUGGGCCACUUCGCCGCGCAGCUGGACUUCCACCUGGUGUCGUGGCUGGGCCGUGAGCGGGACCGCGCCGCUCGCGUCGACGACUUCGUGGGAGCCCUGCGCCGGCUGCACCAGGACUUCAGCUGGCCGUGCCCCACGCUUCUCCACCCCGUCAGCUACUACCUGCGCCGCUCCUCCGCCUCCGCUGCAGGCUCGUCGCCCGCCCUGGCCACGGCGGAGCAGCGCGCGGGGGCCGGGGACGGGGCGGAGGACAGCGGCUACACCAGCCACCCGGGGGCGGCGCCGGUGUACCCCCGCAGCCUGCUGCCGCCCAGCGAGUACCCCACGAGCCCCGCCGUGGAGGCCAAGCUGCUGCCCCACCUGCUGCCAGACGAGAGCAGCGUGGUGAGCGAGGAGAGCUCGUUCUGGGGCGCGGAAGACAAGGACCAGUACGCCUCGGAGUGUGGAGACACGUGCUGGAACCAAGUCCCCAGCAGCAUCCUGCUGGACCAGCUGUCCCAGGAGUUGUCCAGCCGCGGCAGCCCCGACGCAGAGGUCAAGCUCAGGUACCUGCUCCAGCUGUUCACGGAGGCGCGGUGCCUGGAGUGGGCGCUGGUGGUGUCUGUGCUGCUGAGGGACGGCAUGGCCGUGCUGCGCACCACCGGCGCGGCCCGUGCUCCCGACCAGAGCGCGGAGGCCGUGCUGCGCCUCAGGGACGGGCUGCAGCAGCUCUGCGCGUGGAGCAGCACGGAGAGUCUCGGCUACAAGCCCUUCAUGAUGGGCGUGCAGACGCAGGUGGGGCUGCUGACCAAGCUCCACGCUCUCAAGAGGCAGCAGCAGACCGCCGAGCCCCCGGCCCCCACCACCCCACCCCCCUCCCGCUCCCGCCUCUCCAGCGGCACUUCCCCCGACGAGCCUUCCAGCGGAGCCCUGCACUCCGGCAAGGGGGAGCUGCCCUCGCAACUGCUUCCAGGCGCGGUGGAGCAGCCCAGCCCCGCUCAGCAGGCCCCCUCCGACCCCACAGCAGACUCCUCCGGCAACUGUGUGCUCUCGUAGCGGGGCCGGGGCACCACAGCUGCCUCCAGGCGCUGUGGAGCAGCCUAGCCCCGCUCAGCAGCAGUGUGCCCUGUACCUACAACCACUUCCUAACACAGUUCAGUUGCCUAGCCCCCGACUGUGUGCCCUUUCAGCGUGGCCUGUGCAUCUGCAACCAUUUAAGACGUGUGAAUUACUAUUCCAAGCAUAAAACAUGAGGCACCCAUACUGAACUAUUAUUUAAAAAUAUGAAAUGCUUCAUUGCUGCCAUAUGCAGCAUUAGGCAGUGACGGCAUUGUUUCUACAGUUCCUCCCCUCCCCUCCUGGUGUGUCACAAUGUCAGAGGGUGGGUAUUUAAAGUAAAAAAAAAUCGCUUUUGCAAAAGGGGGGCAGAUGGGCGAACUUCCAGUUGUCACUACCCAUAAAACAUUCUGUCAGAUAUCUUACAUUUUUAAUGGCUUCAGCUUCAGUGGUUCCCUCCAGGUAAAAAAACACAGCUAGCGGAAACAGCGCAUGGUAUUUAUGACUCAAACGGCGUGAAAUUCUGAUUUUUUAAAGUAUUCUGCUCUAAGAAAAAAUCUUCGAAUUGACUUCGACAUUCCAUAGCUUCGCACACUGCUAGUCUGAGUGCUUAUGGCAUCUUUGACAUCAGUAUUUCAUUUACACGUUUACACGCAAAGUUUCUCAGUUUCUUCUGCCUAAAGGUGUGGUUGCACAACUCAGUAAGCUAGCCACAUUCAAAUGCCCAAUUAUGGUUGACAAUGAGAUUUACUGGAUGUGGUUGUGGAUUUAAAUAGUGUAGAAUUUUGGGAUCUUAUCAUUUGAAAGCAAUUGUACCUAACUUGAACCCAAAAAAAGGUCUGUGUUACUAACAUGUGAUAGGUUCUUGUAAGUUUGUAAUUAUUUUUUAGGCUGGUGUAGAGUGUUUGGCUUCCCAGAAUGUUUAAGUUUCGAAGGCCAGACUAGAUUGAGUGUGUAAAAAACAUUCAGGUUAUACUUAAAAUUCUUUGAGCUGUGAUCACAUACCGCCUGGUCUUAGCAAUGUGUCGGCUUUGAACUCAGGGGUUGGAGCGCCAUUUGCGCUUGCGUCUCAAGAGCAAUAAUUGUUGUGAUGUUUAUAAUGUGAUUUUAUCCAGUGGUGUGUUUGACACCGUCUCCCUCUCAUUUAUUAAAUCCCUCCGUAACACGUGUGAAAUUGUAUUAUGAAGUGUUUCAUUUAUCAGAGAUUAUCAUGCAGCUAUUUCACUGUAAUGAGUUUUGUAGUGUGUGAAUUGUUAUGCACUCUUUGUACCUGUGACUUACUUCAGUCAAUAUUUUUAAAGAAAUGACAUAUUCUCAAGUAUGUCUACAAUUAGUCAAUUUAUGGUUUUAAAAGCAGUAUUUGAGUUUAUCACCUGCAGUAAGUCUGUAUAUGGAUGUGUAGAGAUGGUUACUCUGUGUGAUUGAUUGUGACUAUUUUGUAUUUUCUUAGUUAUUUCUAAUUUAUAAUGAUAAAUUGUAAACAAUGUUGAGUCCCUAAAGUUUUAUGUAAAUUUGUAUAGUAUUUGGUACUUGUAUAAAGAAAAUGUAUACUAGAGCAUAAUAUACACAACUAAUUUUUCA